AUGCAAAGCCCAACGGCGAACAGAUUGCGGCCGCCCUUCUACCUCGAUGACUCCUUAGUAGGGGACAUUGUCAUUCAACCCUCCUAUACGAGACACAUCGAUGCCGGGACUUUCUUUCUCCACAAAGACGUCCUUUCCCGCGCCUCCCCAGUUCUUGCCCGGUUGAUCUCCGGCAUCACCUCAGUCUCCGUUGACGAACCCACCACCGUAUGGAAGCUCCUCAUCCCCAUAUUCUACUCUCCCAAAGUUCCCAUCGACUUCGUCACCAAUCUGAAGGGCAGCGAUGGGCUCCUCGACAUCGACCUCCUUCGGACACUCCUAGACGCAGGGCGCAAGUACGAAGCUCCCAGCAUCUCAGCCAGCGUCGCCGAUGCGCUCAUGCACGAGCCAGCCGUCGUCGCCAAGAAGGCCGUCGGCGUGUAUGCGCUCGCGUGCGCGUUCGAUUGCCCGGACCUCGCGCGCUUUGCGGCGCGUCAUUCGCUCAGCACGAAGCUCUCCUUCAACUUCUCCCCCACCGAGCCGUCGCUCGAAUACAUGGCUAGAAUGUCGGAUUAUCAUCGUCUUCUCGACCAUCGCAGACGAUGCGCGGAUGCUGCCAGGGAAACGGUUCAUAGUUCCGCCCCUCAAAUCGACCAACCUUACACUGGCAGCAACAACAUAUCCAGCUCGACCCAUUUCCUGAGGUCUAACGCGUCAAAGAGGCUAUGGAAUGCAAUCACGAUACUGUCCGGCUCAAAUAUGAACACUAUUUCCUACUCAACCCACCUAACAACCAAAUGCUAUGAUCAGGGGUACAGUGCCCAUCUCCAUCAAUCUUGGUGGAUAGCACUCGAAGAUUUACACCGCGAUCUUGAGUAUCAGCCCACUGAAGAUCUUGUGCGCUCUCCCUCCUUCACCAGAAAGUUGCUGGAUGGUAUCAUGCGAUGCUCUGGGCCGAUGGAUGCGAGUCACGCAAAUGCCGUGGAAGUAGCUGAAAUCUUGAUCGAGACCGUCUACGUUUGCCUCAAGGAGGCUAUUGAUAAGUGCAAGGGCCAGGAUAUCCGGUGUACGUACUGCAGGUAA